GGGCCGUGUCUAUUCUAUAACUGGUCUAAGGUUUCUGUUUCUUCUUUUCUUGUUUGUUUUGCCGUUGAGUGAGUGAUCACUGAUCAUCAAAACAAUACUAUUUUUUAUUACCUUCUCUGUAAAUUUAUUGAACACUUUAAAUUACGUUGAUCACUAUACCAUGUUCAUCAUUGUCUAACUGUUUUAACUAAGAGCUACGUAUAUAAAUAAUACAAAUGGCAAAAAUUAGUUCGUGUUAUCAACUAUGUCCAUUCAUGGACCCAAAAAACUUCCUUGGUGUUUCAGGAGAUUGUGAGAGUGGAUAUGUUAUUGUUACUUUAGGUAGAAAUAUUGUUAUUCGUUACAAGAUAUCUGAUCAGAGACAAGUGAACAGUUGGAAUACAACAAUCAAACUAUCAGCUCCUGUAGUUUACGACAAACAAAGUGAGAGAUAUGUAGGUGUAUUCAACUCGUCCAUCAUCCAGAUGUGGCAGCAAUCUGAUGUUGACUUGAGUAAAAUAAAAAAGUAUAAGUUCACGAACAGCAUACACAGCAUCCUUGCAAGUGCGCAUGUUGAAGGACUCGUUGUUCUCUUCAGGAAUGGACAAGUAUCGCUUCUGUCAACCGCUCUCCAAAAUAGGAAGUUUUCAUGUGAACCAAACAGCAGCGACCUACUUAUUGGUGAAGAUCAAAUCAUAGAUGAUGCUUUUCUACUUCAUAUGAACAACAAUCUAGUUGUUGCUAUCAAAACUACCAACAAAUCUAAGGAGGAAUCAAAACUUGUGUUUAGAGCUGUGGGGAGUUCUCGUUUAAGACCCUUCAGUAUAUCUUUGAAUAGAGACCAAGACUCAAAACUUACGGGAUAUGCAUUUAUGAAUGAAGAAAGCCUACAACUUUUUACAAUCUGGUCUGAUGGAAACUUGUAUGCCCUGGAGUUUUCAUUAUCUACACUAGACAGCAUCGAAUCACAAUAUCCCGGAAAACUGAUUAUGAAUGUAUCGGCUGUGGACACAAAACUGAAAGUAGCACUGCUUCCUCUCAGUCCAUAUCAUAUAGCUGUGUAUGGCUCUGAUCCUAGCGAAGAAGGUGCGCUGCUAGUGAUAAUCAACGUGUGGCACCGACUGAUACAGUGCCGCUACUUCUUCAAGCUGUAUUGCACGUCGCCGAAACUGUGGCAUGGAGGUGCGUCCGAUCUGCUGCUAAUAGUUGGCAACCACUUGGCAGUGGCUCACUUCCGCCUGGUCGCCCAGCAGUUGGCCACCCUGCUUGGCACACAGACCACGCCCACACCGGCCACGCCCACACAGGCCACGCCCACCGCCACCGACGAGCAGCACAGUCAGCCUGCCACCGCCGAGAUGGUGGCGGAGGUUCCUCACACCCCUGACCAACUGCAUGCGCGAAUUGACAGUCUGCUUGAGAGUGGCCUUUCAGAAGCAGCCAUAGCCAACCUGUUCUUCCCAGUCUACUUGGAGAAGGGCGACACAGGCAUGCUGCAAGCGCUGUGCGGCAGCAGUCAGCUAGUGGACGUGCCAGCCGAAUGGCAGCUGAAGACGCUGGCCCUUUGCAUGCAGCCGGGUCGCGAGAGCAUCCAGCCUCUGGUCGAUCAGCUGUUGUCGCAGCCAGUGCAGAACGACGACCGAACACUGGCCUUGGCGCGAGGCCUUCUGCCCGCAGGCCACGUGGUCGGCCUCAUUGAUCAGCUGACCGAACGCCUCGUGCAGCGGCCCUGCUGCGCGCGCACCCUCGACUGGGCCACCUUCGUCGUCGACGCCUUCUGCCAGCACUUCCUCUUCUCCAAGGACGCGGCCGCCAACACUGCACUCGCCAAGCUCAGGAAUGUCAUUGACAACCAGAUGAAAAAUAUGAAUGUCUGGCAAGAACUCGUCACUCUAAUAAAUGUUGUUACAUUGAAGCAAGAAACGAAAAAUCGAGCAAAAGGAUCUAAGAAGGAUUCUUCCAUUUAUAUAUGUGAAGAGUUGCCUUUAUUUGAGAAAUAAAUCAAUAGUUUAUAAUGAAGAA